AUGGCCUUGCGAUUGCUGAAGGGAAAGACAGCCUGUAUUACUGGCGGCACAAAUGGGAUCGGUCGCGCAAUCACACUCGAAUACCUCAGGCAAGGUGCCAACGUAGCCGUCAACCAUCUCGGCCUCCCCGGUGAUGAGCAGCAUAAGCUCAGCCUGAUUGAAGAAGCCGAGAAUCUUCGCAAAGCUGCCACUCAGGAGGCUCCGGCAGGACAGCUCAUUGAAGUCGCUGGCGAUGUGACGAAGCCAGAAGCGAGCAAAGCGCUCGUAGAUGCGGCCGUCAAGAAAUGGGGCGGAUUGGACAUAUCUGUUGCAAACGCUGGAAUCGCCAAGCCGGCGGAAUUUCUUACGCUCGACAAGCAGCUCUUUGACCAGACGAUCCGCGUCAAUAUUAAUGGGGCGUUCUACUUUUGCCAGGCAGCAGCCAACCAAAUGGUAAAGUAG